UUUGAAUUUGUCCCUUUAAUUUAAGUACAAUCUAUCGUAGAAUAAGUCGAAGUAUAUGAAGUCAAAUUGUGAAUUGUAAAUGAAUUUGUAGCACGUAAGAAAAUAUCUAUUAGCACUAAGUGUAUAUAUUGUGAAUUUCUAAUCUUAAGCCAUUUUUAGUACUUAAGCUCAUCUGCAAUUCUUUUACUAAUGAACUGCCCACUUCUUCUACAACCGCAGCAAGGUCAAAUAUGAAUGCCCAAGAUUUAUACAAGUGCAUGCUUUGCAAAAAACGUCAUGCCCUCAGGUUCUGCCCACAAUUUAUACUGAUGACUGUAGAAGACAGGAGAGCCGCCGUUCGACAACACCGUUACUGUCGAAAUUGUCUGGCAAAAAGCCAUUCUGUAGUAGAGUGUCAGUCGACGGAUACGUGCCGAAAAUGUGGGUUUCAGCAUCAUACAAUGCUGCACCCACGAAAACUUGUACUGAAGUCAAAAAGCUCCAACGCCGCCUCCAAGUCGCACUCAUCUAACCAACCAACUUCAUCUCGGCCCCAAAGAAAUCCAGCAGCACAGUCCAAUGCCACAGCCAAAUCACGCCUUGGCCAACGUCAGCACUCAGCUUCGGCUGGCCAACAACAACAACAACAAAGGCGAGCCAAAAGGCACAAUAAACCAAAGGGUCAAAGAAGCCACCAACAACAACCACCCAAGCACCAACGAAAAUUGAAGACCCAAAAGUCCAACAAAGAGCGCCCACUAACUCCACAACCCAACUACUUAAUUUUAUCUGAAGCCAUCAAGUCGUUGGCAACAGUGUUAUGCGCUUCACCAAAUCUUGCGCAAGCGCAAGGCCGGCGCCAUGGACAAAUUUGAAUUUGUCCCUUUAAUUUAAGUACAAUCUAUCGUAGAAUAAGUCGAAGUAUAUGAAGUCAAAUUGUGAAUUGUAAAUGAAUUUGUAGCACGUAAGAAAAUAUCUAUUAGCACUAAGUGUAUAUAUUGUGAAUUUCUAAUCUUAAGCCAUUUUUAGUACUUAAGCUCAUCUGCAAUUCUUUUACUAAUGAACUGCCCACUUCUUCUACAACCGCAGCAAGGUGAGCAACACAUCUCUACUCUUUCUCUCAUAAUAAAACUAGUGUCUCUAUAUCCAUACCCGAA